AUGUCUUCUAAUACAACAACCACUGCUACCACUGCUACCCGAAACACUAGUGGGAAAAAGCCCAUUGAAUACUAUUUUGUUGAUAUGGCCAGCCCUGAUCGCUUUAGUAAGCUCAAGGUCUCGCAAGCAUGCGACUUUUGUCGUCGACGCAAAUCAAAGUGUGAUGUCGGUAUUCCAGGAUCACGGUCAUGCUCCAAUUGUCGCAAGGCUGGUGUUGUAUGCAUCUUUGCCAAACAUCGUCCACAUGGAGCAACAACACCAUCACCCAAGAUGAAAGCUGUGCCACCAGGAAAAGCAUCAUUCGUCUUCAAAAGCAAAAAAAGUAAACGUCAGCGAGUCUUGGUCAUGACAAGUACUACUUCAUCAACACCAACACAAGUACAAGCACCAGCAGCUGUCAAUGAUGAAGGCAAAUCAAGUCCAUCGUAUCAAAAUCUGGUGCAAUGGAUAUAUGGAGUAUUCCCACCUCUUGAUGUAAAUAACACAUGCACCGCCACGACAUAUCCAAACAGCAUGUCUUCAUUUGUAUACAGCAGCCAUCCACAGCAAUCCCUGGAAGAUUUGGAACACGAGUUGCUUGAUGUUUAUUUUUGUGACAUUCAUCCCUUUUUCCCUAUUCUUGAUGACCACCACCUCCACCAAGGACACAUGAGUCAUUUAUUACGCUGUGCGUUGUUAGCUCUUUCGUGUGCUGUUGCACGACCCACUAUGUUGACAUUAGCAUCAUCCUAUGCUGAUCAAGCGAAUGAGCAGCUUGAACGAUCACCAGCCAAUAUCGAUACAAUCCAAGUGCUGCUUAUUCUUUACAAGUACCAAGAAGUCAUCGCCGGCGGCUUAUCGCCUCUCGAGUACAGCACACCUUCCUAUCUUGAUCGAGCCAGGGAUAUGCAUAAUCGGCUAUGGGCUCUCAACGUGCAUGAUCCAGCAGUUCACAGGAUACGAUCUAUGCUCUAUUUGAUUGCUUUUUGGUCUGGACUAAUAGAGCAAAGAAGCACGUGGAUCAAAUGGUGCAGUGACUGUGAAGGCGCUUUGGAACACUUUUCGUCUGGACAUGGUGGUUUGGAUGCAUUGGUACAAAUCACCACACGCUAUCGUAAUGGCUCCUCCUUUAAUCAUGAUGACCCUCAUCACCCUCAUCACCACCAUUAUUAUUAUACCCGUACAACAUCACCACCACCACCAGCAGAAACAGCCCUUGAUGGAAGCGUCUUUGAGAUCUAUUGGAGUGUGAUCCACGAUAUGACAUUCUUAUCAUCACACAACAUUUAUGCAGCAGAACGCAUUGAGCAGCACGUAAGCCAUUUGCUGGGUACUGUUACACACCACGCUUGCAUUCUUGGCAGCCAUAUGCUUGUUCAUGCACUUAAGCUUGCACUGCAUACGUACCUUUGUUAUUAUGCUACAGCCACGAGCUCACUCCCUACUUCAUUGGCCGCCACCACAACCACCACCCAUGAUGAUGCUCGUGACGAUAUUGCUGUUUGGACACACGCACGUUUGACACAACUAUCGCAACUUUUUCAUGAGCUUGGUGCUCAACCAGAGAUAGGCAUCAGCAUACAACAGCUCAUCCAUAUGCUUUGUGAUGGUCAUUUGUAG